UCAGCUGUCACCAAGCGGCCAUGUCAUAUUAAAUAAUUAUUUAUAUCAAACCUAAUAUUAAAAAAAGCUGAAAAUGUUACACCGAAAACAUAAAUAGUUAUAAUUAAACCCCCCAUCAACACUUACAAUGACGUUAAUAAUCAGUUACCUGAAAUUGUUAUCAACAAAGAAUUUUUUUACAAAGAUGCCAUCAUAUAAAGUUAAAACGAUCAAUUUUUAUGAAUUCAAGCGAAAUUACGCCGAUAAGCCCAAAACUGAUUCAAAAUCGAAGCAAAUAAUGGUACAAGGUACAGAAGACGAGCCCCGGAUGCGAGUACGCCGUGCCCGACCCGCAGAUGUGCCUCGUAUCCUUCGAUUUGUGCGAGAAAACUCUCGGCUGGCAUGGCCAGGACUCAUUAACAAGACACCUGGCUCCAAUAGUUAUAAUGUCGUGUUAUCUGAUUACAUCGCCAGAACCUUAGCUCAAGGUCACUCAAUGCUAGCUGAACAACAAGAAGCCAAGCGCGGCUGGUCACAAAUCCGAGGUCUCGCAAUAAGUACUUCAGUGUGUCCUUGGGACGCGACGAUGUUGGAAAAAUGGGCUCGCUGUAUGCGUUGCUCUCGAUCACGAAAACUGAUGUUGUUUACAGCUCAUUGCUUGAGAGCGCCAGCCUUACAUGAGAAAUACAGUGUGCAUAAUAUAUUACAAGUAAUAUUGAUGGUACCGCCAGAUGUCCCACGAGCGUCUGAGAUUAUUCAUAUGCUCGCCAAAAACUCCAUUCAGAGAGGACGAGAUUCAGGAUUUCCAGUGCUACGCUUUGAUGUGGCUGACAAUAAGCUUAUAGCAAAAGUGUUGGAUGAACUACGAUUAAAAAAAGAAUAUGAAUUAAACCUUGAAGUUCUUCCGAAUGCUAUAAAAUUAGCGUUGAACGAUACGCCAAAUAGUGAAGAAGCGGUUGAAAACAAAGAAAAAACUAUUAAAGUUUAUACAGCGUUUCCUAAGACAGGAAAAACAUGACACUUAAUAUGGCAACUUGUUUGAAUCUUAAUUGGAACUGACGGUUUGGUGAUAGCUGAAAAUAUACAGAAUUUACUGAAUACAAA